GCGGACAACACUAGAGUGUGCGAUCGCUGCGCUGCGGUUUGAUUGACAGAUCAGAGUGACUGUAAUUGAGCGAAGGAGCCGGGGAAGAUUCUCAGCGCAAUGUCAAGUCCUAAAAGAGUUUGCAUCGUCGGCUCUGGGAACUGGGGUUCUGCUAUUGCUAAGAUAGUUGGCAAAAAUGCAAGGAAUAAUCCGAAGUUUGACUCCACGGUUAACAUGUGGGUGUUUGAAGAGACGGUGAACGGGCGUAAACUCACAGAAGUCAUAAACACAGACCACGAAAACGUCAAGUAUUUGCCUGGACACAAGCUUCCAGAAAAUGUUGUGGCGGUGCCAGAUCUGCUCGACGCUGCCAAGAGCGCUGACAUUCUGCUCUUUGUGAUUCCACAUCAAUUCAUCGGCCGUAUUUGUGACACCAUGAAGGGCAAAAUCAAGCAAGAUGCGCUUGGAAUGUCACUCAUCAAGGGGGUGGAUGAAGGGCCGGAUGGACUGAAGCUCAUCUCAGAGGUCAUUCACGAGAAGCUGGGCAUCAAGAUGAGCGUGUUGAUGGGAGCAAAUAUCGCCAACGAGGUGGCGGAUGAGAAAUUCUGCGAGACCACCAUUGGCUGCAGGGAUCAAACCGAGGGGGCGUUGCUUAAAGAACUCAUGCAGACGGAUCACUUCCGGGUCACGGUCGUACAGGAAGCAGAUGUGGUGGAGAUCUGUGGUGCUCUGAAGAAUAUAGUAGCAGUAGGAGCAGGUUUCUGUGACGGGUUGGGCUUCGGUGACAAUACAAAGGCUGCGGUGAUCAGACUGGGUCUCAUGGAGAUGAUCAGCUUUGCUCGGUUGUUCUGCACCGUCGGCUCCGUUUCUUCUGCAACUUUCUUGGAGAGCUGUGGCGUUGCUGAUCUCAUUACCACAUGUUACGGAGGACGAAAUCGGAAAGUCGCAGAGGCAUUCGCCAAGACUGGCAAGUCUCUCGAAGAGCUUGAAAAGGAAAUGUUGAAUGGUCAGAAGCUGCAGGGUCCCGCCACAGCCGCCGAAGUCCACAAGAUACUUAAAAACAAAGGCGUACUCGACAGAUUUCCCCUUUUUAAUGCAGUGUACGAGAUCUGUUACGAGGGUCGGCCUGUGACUGAGUUCAUCCACUGCUUGCAGAACCAUCCAGAACAUCAGUGAAAGAAGGACAGAGCUGCGAUUCUGAGUAUGUGUGUGAACCCUGCUGAAAAGACUAGCAUUGCAGUUGAGUUUUAAAUACUUCUUAAUUAGUUUAAUUAACCAGCAAGACAGCUUCAACUUCAUCAAACAGAAGCAGCAUGCAAAUCCAUGGUGCUCAAAGCUGGUCUUUUCAGCAGGGCGUGAGUGCGUGUUACAAUGAGAGCGACCAAAGUCACAUGAGGACGCUCUCUGAGUGCACUGUUUUGUCAUUUCUAAUGAGUCCGUCCUUUCAGCCACUUUAUUCUGUAUAAAAGCCUCAAAUGCCAGACUGAGCGCUCCACUAUAAGUGCCACUAAAGUUCUCAAAAUCACACUGAAUUGAAUGUUCUUAAUAUAUAAUGUGAAAUAAAUCACUGUAUCUGUGA